UACUCGGCCAAUUUGAAAAGUACCCCGUCCUUCUACCAAAAUUUUACCGUAACGCCCUCCGCCAUCCUCUGCGCUCCCACUUUUCUUCUGCUACACAUAUCACUAACCCUAAAUAAGAAUAAUUUCUCACUUCCGGGCUCUUGCGCAUUAUUUUCCAUUACGGAUCCGUAACGUGGUAUUACUUCAAUGAUUCGAUUGGUCCUAUCUCACGGUGGAGAGUUUAGCCAUGACAAUAACUCGUGGAAUUGGAAUGGAACGAAGACCACAUCUCUUCUGGUAAAAAGAAAUAUAAAAUACAAAGAACUGCUUGAUAAAGUGAUAGAGCUUCUCCAAGUUGAUUGUAGUCUUUUCAAGGUUGUGAUGAAGUUUAAGGUCCCUGGAAUGUCAGAUAUGUCUAUACCUCCUGCUGAGAUAUGCAAGGAUGAUGAUGUUGAUUGGUAUAUUUCGGUAUACCAGCAAACCCCACUGUGCGUUAGUACUAUAAGAAUGAUUACAAUGGAGUCAACACAAGUUGUUGAAGUGGGAACUAAUCAAAUAACUGUUGAGGCCCCUAAGAUAGAAUGGUCGCGUGAGCAUGUUUCUGAUGCACAAUUUAACCAACAUUACAACAAUGAAGGAAAUUUCAAUGCAUUUAAUUCAGCUGAUCACAAUUGUCCGCGAGAACCUGGUCCUGUGAAUCAGCUAUGCGACAUCGAUGAUGUCCACGGUGGCAUUGAGGAUGAUUGCAUGAUUGGAGUGGAUAUUAUAUCUGAUAACCACGAUGGUGCUCAUGAAUCUGCAGAUCAUGCUUCUAUUGACAGUACACCUAGUGCUGCCCAGGUUGGCAGCACUGGUGGUAGUAGCAUUCCAUUUGAUGCUACUGUUGAGUCAGGUAUUGACACUGGAGAUGUUCAGGUCAACAAACUAUACAAGAGUAAGAAAGAGUUGCAAACAAAGUUGCAUAUGCUUGCACUAAGAAAAAAUUUUGAGUUCAAGGUAAAGAAGUCAAAUAAGAAUAUUUUUACAGUGAUUUGUAUCAAUGAUGACUGCCAGUGGCGCUUGAGGGCAACAAAGCUCAGGGAGUCGAACUUCUUCUUAGUUCGGAAGUUUUCAUGUCAACAUACAUGUUCUUCAGAUUUUGGGCAUAAUAGCCACAGACAAGCUAGCAGCUGGGUUAUUGGAAGACACAUCAUGCAGAAGUUGCGAGAGCCGAACCAAUCAUUGAAACCAGCUAGCAUCAUUGACUUCAUGCGACAAGAGUUUGGUAUCAAUAUAAGUUACCAGAAGGCCCGAAAGGCUGUGGAGCAUGCGCUUGAGCUUAUUAGGGGCUCACCGGAGGAAAGUUACCAGAAGCUGGCUUCAUAUUGCUACAUUCUAGAAAAGAAUAACCCUGGCACAACUACGUGUAUCGAGACUGACAGUGAGAACCGUUUCAUGUAUUUCUUCUUGACAUUUGGUCCAAGUAUCCGGGGUUUCCAUUCAUUUAUGCGACAUGUUGUAUGUGUUAAUAGUACCUAUUUAAAAUCUAAGUACCGUGGGACUUUGCUUAGUGCCACGUGUCAAGACGGCAACAUACAAAUGUACCCUAUAGCAUGGGGUAUAGUGGAAUCUGAAAAUGAUGCAUCAUGGCUGUGGUUUAUGUUGAAGUUACGAGAGCAAAUUGGUGAGUCUGAUCAACUUGUGUUCGUUUCUGAUCAAAAUAACAGCAUUGCUAGUGCGAUAAAAACUGCAUUUCCACAAUCUCAUCAUGGGUAUUGUAUGGGGCACAUGGAAAAUAACAUAAAGUCAAAGUUUCACACGACUGGCAUCUUGUCUUUGUUCAAGUCAGCAGCUCAAGCUUAUUGUGUAUCAGAGUUUCAGAGCUUAAUUGGAGAUAUUUACAGGAAGAAUGAAACUGUUGGCACAUACCUGGAGGAUACAGGUUUUGAGUACUGGUCUCGAGCACACUUUAAAGCUAAUCGGUACAACAUUAUGAAAAUAAAUAAUGUCGAGUCCUUAAAUUCAUUGCUGAAGCACCAACGAGAUUAUCCAAUUACUGCAUUGAUAGAACAUAUUCGAACAUUUAUGCAACAAUGGUUUUUUGAGAGACGCACUGAAGCAGAAGAGUGCAUGACCCCGUUGACCCCAAGACUAGAGGAUGAUUUCCGCAAAAAGAUUGAUGCAACGGCAGUGUUGCAAGUGCAGCCGGUAACACUUUAUGAGUUUCACGUCGGUAUGGACACAAAUAUGCAUGUUGUGAACCUUGCAGAGAAGAGUUGCACUUGCAAGGAGUUUGACUUAUUACAACUUCCAUGUGAGCAUGCACUUGUGGUUUCAAGGUUGAGAGGGGUAGCACUCGACACAUUGUGCUCCCCAUAUUACACAACUCUCUGCUGGAGAGAAGCUUAUGCUGAACCAAUACAUCCAGUAGACAACGAAAAGGACUGGCAGAUCCCAGAGGAGGUCCGAACAAGGGUUAUCUUACCUCCAUCCAUGCGGUGACCUUAUAGAUGACCAAAAAGAAAAGGUUAAGACUGCAGCAGUAUGCUUUGGCUUGGUACCUGCCCCUCCUGUAAAGCAGUUAUUGAUUACUAAUUACACUUGCUAUCAAGUAGUACAAUCUAGUAACAUGGCAAUCGAAGAGGAACCCGAAGUCUAUUAGACAAUCUUUCCCAGUAAGUCUGCUUUAGCAUCUUUGCUAAAUUGAGAGAUCAGUGCUGUAUUUGCAGUCAUGGGGAAGAAGGUGAGUAAAGGGGAGAAUUCUGCAAUUGGUAAUACUGCAUAUUUUGUAAAAGAAAAGGAGCAGUUUUUAUGAUAAAUCAUAGCAUCACAUUUUGUUUUGUCACAUUGAUGAAGCUCUUAUUGUACAUAUUCUUCUGGUUAGACUUUUAGAUUUAGAAUUGAUGAAGCAUGUUUUAUUAUUUGUGAAUAUUGAAAAUUGCACUUGGGUUGUACAUAUUCUUCUGGUUAGACUUUUAGAUUUAGAAUUGAUGAAGCAUGUUUUAUUAUUUGUGAAUAUUGAAAAUUGCACUUGGGUUGUACAUAUUCUUCUGGUUAGACUUUUAGAUUUAGAAUUGAUGAAGCAUGUUUUAUUAUUUGUGAAUAUUGAAAAUUGCACUUGGGUUGUACAUAUUCUUCUGGUUAGACUUUUAGAUUUAGAAUUGAUGAAGCAUGUUUUAUUAUUUGUGAAUAUUGAAAAUUGCACUUGGGUUGUACAUAUUCUUCUGGUUAGACUUUUAGAUUUAGAAUUGAUGAAGCAUGUUUUAUUAUUUGUGAAUAUUGAAAAUUGCACUUGGGUUGUACA